AUUUUCUUUUUUUUCUUUUUUUUUUUGACAAUCUGCUCUAGAAAAAUCUGAAGAAUAAAACAAGAGGAGGAAAUGCAACAUAGUUGUUGAUAUAUACUACACACAUCACAGAGGAAGUUGUUGCAGCCAUGGCCACCCAUGCAGCUCUAGCUUCUACAAGGAUCCCUACGAACACCAGGCUUCCAUCCAAGGCCUCUCACUCUUUCCCAACCCAAUGUGCCACAAAGAGACUUGAGGUGACAGAAUUCUCUGGACUAAGAUCCACUUCAUGUGUCACCUAUGCUAACAAUGCCAGAGAAUCUUCCUUUUUUGAUGUCGUAGCUUCCCAACUCACUCCCAAGACCAAUGGAUCAACUCCUGUGAGGGGAGAGACAGUGGCCAAGUUGAAGGUGGCAAUCAACGGUUUUGGACGCAUUGGUAGAAACUUCCUUCGCUGCUGGCACGGCCGAAAAGACUCACCCCUUGAGGUCAUUGUUGUCAACGAUAGUGGUGGUGUCAAGAAUGCUUCGCACCUGUUGAAAUAUGAUUCUAUGCUGGGAACCUUUAAGGCAGAUGUGAAAGUACUAGACAAUGAAACCAUCACCGUUGAUGGUAAGCCCAUCAAGGUUGUUUCCAACAGGGACCCUCUUAAGCUUCCUUGGGCUGAGCUUGGAAUUGACAUUGUUAUUGAGGGUACAGGAGUGUUUGUGGAUGGACCUGGUGCUGGCAAACACAUCCAAGCAGGUGCCAAGAAAGUUAUUAUCACUGCUCCUGCAAAGGGUGCUGAUAUUCCAACUUAUGUUGUCGGAGUAAAUGAACAGGACUACACUCAUGAGAUCUCCAACAUUAUAAGCAACGCUUCCUGCACUACAAACUGUCUUGCUCCCUUUGUGAAGAUCCUGGAUGAAGAGUUUGGAAUUGUGAAGGGAACCAUGACAACCACACAUUCCUACACAGGAGACCAGAGGCUUUUGGAUGCUUCACACCGUGACUUGAGACGAGCCAGGGCUGCAGCACUGAACAUUGUCCCAACCAGCACUGGAGCAGCCAAGGCCGUGUCUCUGGUGCUGCCAAAGCUGAAGGGAAAGCUGAAUGGCAUUGCUCUCCGUGUGCCUACACCCAAUGUUUCAGUCGUUGACCUUGUGGUCAAUGUUGAGAAGAAGGGUCUCACUGCUGAAGAUGUGAAUGGAGCAUUCAGAAAGGCUUCAGAGGGGCCACUGAAAGGUGUAUUGGACGUGUGUGAUGUUCCACUUGUGUCUGUUGACUUCCGCUGCUCUGAUGUUUCUUCUACUAUUGACUCAUCCUUGACCAUGGUCAUGGGAGAUGAUAUGGUUAAGGUUGUUGCUUGGUAUGACAAUGAGUGGGGAUACAGCCAAAGAGUGGUGGAUUUGGCACAUCUAGUAGCAAGCAAGUGGCCAGGGGCACCUAAAGCAGGGAGUGGAGACCCAUUGGAGGAUUUCUGCCAGACAAACCCUGCUGAUGAGGAAUGCAAAGUUUAUGAAUAGAGGAGGAGAUGAGAGGCCUUUUCUUAAUUCAUUACCAUUACAUUUUUACUCUUUGCCUUGUAUGAUGUGAAAAUAGAAGGAAUUGUUCAGACAGACAGUGUCUGAGGGAAGAUUUUUACACUUUAAAUUUUAUCUGCAGCCAAUAAUAAGUUUUGGCGUGACUGAAAUUCAUGAACAUCACCCCCAUAUAUUGAUUCAUAUUGCAUUUCUAAA